CAAACCAGAGUUGCUUUUUCAUGGUAUUGAUCAGAGUUUGAACUUUGGGACAACCUCCCAGGGUUUGCUGGAUCUAUAUGCCUCAGGGCUGGGUUAAGGAGCAACAGGGAGGGACUUUAUAAAAGAUUUGAAUAGAUGUGUUGCUGUAUUAGUCUGAGACUGAGAGGGCUAAAGAACCCAGAGAAAACCAUUUUCUGUAGCCCAUGAUGGGUUAUAGGAAGCUGUGUCUGUUACUGCUGCUGAGCAGCUACACAUUGGCUCAGAAUGAACAAACUUCAACAUGUUCAUUGGCAUCCAGAUUCAAGGCCUAUAAGAAAUACGUGUAUCAGUACACCGCAGAGAGCAGAAAUGGUGUGGUGGGCACUGCCAACCUGAACGGCCCCAAAGUUUCUUGUCAGGUAGAGAUCGAAGUCCCCCAAAUGUGCAGAUUCAUCAUGCACACCAGGGACUGUGCUCUCAGUGAGGUGUCUGCUGUGGAUCCCCAGGACCAGUUGGUCUACAGUCAGGCUCCCAGCUCUGAGGCCUUCCAGGCUGCUAUGGAAAAGAACCAUCUGAAGUUCACUGUGGAGGACGUCACCAGUGUCCAGCUUUACCCAGAGACAGAUGAGCCAGUCAACAUCCUCAACAUUAAGAGAGGGAUUGUUUCAGCUCUCAUAGUGCCAGUCAUGGAGGACGAACAGAACAUCCUCAUGAGCACAGUGCAUGGCCUGUGUUUAACAGACAACCUGGUGAAUGGCAGGAGGGAUAUCAGCACAGAUGUAACACUGUCCAGAGACCUGUCCCAGUGUGACCAGUUCUAUAGCAGGGAACUGGCAAACAGCCCCCUGGCCCUGCUGCAAAAACUGCAUCGCCCCUUGUCUAAGCUGAUCACAAGCACUCAAGACUGCAGCUACCAGUUUGAUAACAAAGGAAAGCACAUCAUGGCAGCCAUGUGCACAGAAAAACAUAUUUACCUGCCCUUCUCCCUUGAGGACAAUGGAAUAUCAUCUGUGGUGACACAGGAUCUCAGCUUUCAAAGCUCCAAAAGGAUCAACAACAGAGUAUUUGAUGUGAAUCCCAGCCAGAGCAAGCCACUCCACUUUGAAGACCCUGACGAUAAAGCUCCAGUUCAGACAAAGGAUGCUGUUCUGAGCACCUUGCAGGACCUUAUGUCUUUGGCAAGCACAGACCAGGGUCAGAAGAGGACCAGCCUUUUUCAUAAGCUGGUGUCUGGCCUGCGUGUCCUGAGGAACGAGACCCUGAGCCAGACGGUCACUGAAAUGCUAGAUGUGUCAGGCUGGCUCACCUGGCAGGCCCUGUUCCAGUGUGGAACCCCAGAGUGCACCAGCGCCAUCCUCCAGGCUAUCAGGACCAUUGAUGGGGUGUCACUAGAAGUGGAUGCUCUAGUCUAUGGGCUGAGUCUACAGGCUAACCCUGAUGCAGCACGUGUCAGAGAUAUGCUCAGCAUGGCUCAGUAUAAACAGAGCAGGGCUAUCAUGUAUGCUUUGGCCAACACAGUCAAGAAGUUCCAUAAAGGAGAGGUUACUCCAGUGGUCACAGAUGUAUCAAAGUUUAUGGAGACACUCUUAAAUGACUGCUCGGGAGAAAUCCUUGAUCACGACUCUGACUUUCCCACUGAUCCUGAAGAGAUGUCCUUCCUUGUGCUGAAGGUUGUUGGUGUCAUGGGUCAAGCCAUGCAAGCUGUCAGACCCAGCUUGAUUUCAUCUAUUUUGAGGUGUGCUAAGAAAACAGACAUUCCAUUAUCUAACCAAAAGGCAGCUAUACAGGCCUUUAGAUUGAUGGACAUUGAUGAUGAGGUCAGAAAUGUCCUCAUGGAGGUGUACCAGGACCCUCAGAGCUCUGUUGAGAAACGUAUAGCAGCUUACCUGAUUUUGAUGAAGAACCCACAUCAAGGCCUGGUUGAGGACAUUGUGAACAAUUUGGAGAAUUUGAGGGAUGACCAACUCAAGAGCUUUGUGGUCUCUCACCUGAACAACAUCCGCAUCUCUGAUGAGCCACAAAUGUCUCAACUCAGGGAAUACAUUGAGUUGGCCAUGAAAGACCACCUACCACCCACAAACAAGGCAUUUGAUGGCAUGUCAUGCAACUACAAAAUAGCCUCUCCCUUGGGCUCAGCACAGAGCAACAUUAUCUUCGAUAGGGACACCCUACCUAAGGAGGUGAUGUUGGAGACCACACUAAAGGUUUUUGACUACAACUAUGACAUCUUUGAGGUCAGUGUUGAAGGAACAGGCUUCGAGCCAACUAUUGAUGCUCUUUUUGGGAAGAAUGGUUUCUUUCCUGACUCUAUCUCCAGAGUCAUGUACUGGGCAGAGGACAAAGCCCAGAUGCUCAAAGACGUUCUGAAUAGAGUCGCCCCUGACAGAGACAGAAUGAAAAGACAGGUCCCAGAGGAUCUUCUGAAAGAUAUCACAAACAGUGUACAGAAGCUCAUGGAUGACGUACGUCUUUCUCAAGCCCCUGAGGCCAUUGCCAAUCUUCGGCUUCUGGGGAAUGAGAUAGGAUACUUGAAAACCAGCGACAUGAAAAAGAUGGCUGGGACUCUGUCCAUGUACUUCCAUUUUUUCACCAUGAUGCUACCUGUUAAGGCCCUCUAUCCAUUGAUUUCUAGCACUGAGAAUGAAGUCUUUGGCCAUUACAUCUUCAUGGAGAAUGCCUUCUCUCUACCCACUGCCUCUGGCUUCCCUCUGAAAUUCUCACUGGCUGGUGUAUUUGCACCUGGUGCCAAAGGAGGCCUGACUCACUCAGUUCCUAAAACUGACUUGUCCUUCAUGCCAUCAGUUGGGCUAGAAAUCAUCACUCAAAUGGGUGUGUACAUUCCAGACUAUGUGGAGGCUGGGCUUGAGAUGCACACUAAUAUGUACCAUGAGAGUUCCAUCAAUGCUAAGGUUACUGUGAGCAGAAACCAGAUAAGAUUGUCCAUACCUGCUCCUACAUCAAACACUCAGUUACUCAGCAUUAGCAACAAGCUGCUGUCAGUCUCCUCUGUUCAAACAAAAAUAUUGCCGUCCCUGGUGGAGGAUAAAACUGAUUCAACUGACUGCCAGCCAAUAUUUAAUGGUCUGAAAUUCUGCACAGUCCUGCAUUACCCUAAUGCGAAAUCCAUGGACGAAGCAUCAUAUCAUCCUCUGACUGGAGAAACCAGGUUUGCAGUGGAAAUCCAUCCUACAGGGGAAGUUUCAGAGUACACUGCCACCAUCACUGAUGAAACACUCAGAGAGGGUAAAAAGGGUCGCCAUAAAGUAGAGUCUCUGAAGCUAACUCUGAAGGCAGAAGGUGACGAUUCCACAGAGGCCACUGUAUCUCUGAAAUACAACCGCAAUAAGAACAUCUUCACCACUGAGGUUGUCAUUCCCAACUAUGAUGUGGAAGCAGGCAUCAAGCUGGCUGUAACUGACAGUGAUUUUAAAGGAAAGAAGAUGCGGGGUAUUACCAUUGAUGUCACCAACAGGAACAUCCCACAGCUGACUCUCGCUGGACGUGCAAGACUUGACAAAAUGAAGGAUGCCAUGCUGCAACUCCAGAUGAUUAUUCCUACUCUGAAAACUGAUGCAUCUGUCACUGCAACCCUGAAGAAGGACGAGGAUGUGCUCAUGGACUUAGAGACUGUCAUCAACCUCCCUGAGACAUCCUACCAGCAGACAGCCUCACUCAAAUACGAUGAUGACAAGUUUGAGGUGGAAAUGAAAUCAGAGCUGAAUUCAGAGCUUCAGGAACUGGUCCCAGAUGUAGAGAAUUAUCGUGAGCAGCUGCAAAAGCUCAUUGAUGAUAUUCUGGAACAGAAAGUGGCAAAGACUGAUAUGAAGCUGCGUCAUAUAGUCACCAAAGGAAUUGAGGCAGGUGAUAUAUGGUUGGACAAAUUAGCAGCACGCAUCCCCUACUUUGCUAACCUGCGAAGUAAGAGGAGCAUCUCAGAUCUCACCUUGCCAACUCUGCCCGAGAAACUGUUUCUACAGGUUGACAGCUUGUUCCGAUACCAGUUCAACAAGGAUAAGAUUACCAUCUCACUCCCUCUUCCAUUUGGAGGCAAAAAGUUAGAAGAGUUGAACAUCCCAACUACUUUGUCUAUUCCCCUCAUAAAUUUACCUGCGAUAGGCCUAUAUGUUCCCGCCAAAAACUAUCCACUACCAUCAAUCACUAUACCACCUUCACUGGAUUUCACUGCACCCCUUCUUGGUUUAGUGGAAGCAUCCACCAAGAUCAACAGCAACUUUUACCAUUGGGAAGGCUCCAUCUCUGGGGGCAACAACACCGCUGAUGUCCCCAGCUACAUUGCACAGUACAAGGCCAUGGCUCAAUCACCUCUCAACCUAUUGUCAUACAAGCUUGAAGGAACUGGGAUGAUGACAGGAAGAGCUGAUGAUAAUCUGAAGUAUCUUCUGAAUAGUUCCUUCAGCCAUAGCCUCAUCGACACAAGCUUCAGUGUCUUAGAAACAUUAAGGGUGACAAACAAAUUGAACGCAAAAGCCAGCUAUAAGAUUGAAGCCUUUAGUCCCAUAGGCCUGCAGGCCUCUAUCUAUUACUCUGCUCAGUCAACUUCGACUCUAGAUUCAGAUGAAGUCUCAGGAGAUGGCACCAUAGAUGGAUUGCUUAAAAUAGGUUCAUUCUACACCAACACGUCCUACACCCACAGCUACAAUCUGCGUCCAUUAGAUAGAGAGGGAAGAGGAGAGUCCACCCUGCGCUUUGACUCACCAUUCAUCCAAGUUCACAACAUGAUCCAUGGAGUCUAUGCAAACUCUGAGUUGAACAUUGUGUCCAAAACCAAUGCCCAGAAGGACAUCCUCAAGCAUGUAGCAGAGCUCAAGUAUAAAGAUACACAACUGACCCUAAAAUGCAAUGCUAUUGCCACAAUCAUGGAUAAAUCACUCAAUAACAAAGUUGAACUUGGUGUGUCCAGCCAUAUGGUCAUCCUCCGAAUUGAGUCACAGGCAGAUGAUGACACAAAUAGGGCAUACUCACUUAUAACAGGAUCCCUGGAUUCAAAUGGGCUUGAAGUAAACUCUGAGGGUUCCCUCACUUUUGACACAGGUCGUGGAUUGCACAAAGCUUCUGUUAUGGUUGACAGAAAUGGUCUGACCACAAGUGGAACUAACAGCAUUCAGUGCAGCCCUGUGACUUUGGAGAAUAUCUUCAAUGGUGCCAUAGACAACAAUGGUGCAUCCCUGUCCUGCAGGACUAAAGCAAUGGCUGAAGAGAGCAGAGGAGAGCUGAAUAUUGAGGGUAAAGUCACAGCUUUGGAAGCCUCAUUGCAUGGUGUCCUCAAGGGCCAUGCAUAUGAUGCAAUCACAAGAAACAACAUGAAUGCUGUACUGAACCAUAGGGCUCUGACCAUUACUAGCAAUACCAUGGGAACACUGAGGCAGAUGAAAACAGAAAAUAGCCACACACUGACCCUCACUCUGUGGACACUAGCCCUCCACUCCAACACUAACAACUUCAUCUGUGAAGAUAUUUACUACAAGCAAGAUACCAAUGUAGACAUGAAGCCAUUUGUUAUGUCAUUUGAUGUGAUGAAUGACCUCAAGUUUUAUGAUGUUAGUUUGAACAACGAAGGCCACAUGAAGCUUGAGCCAAUUAAGAUUGAUCUGAGUGGAGGUAUGAAGGGAGCGUAUGGAGAGGAACACAGCGUUAAACAAACCUAUGAAUUCACCUAUUAUGAUCUGGCUGGUACCAUGAAACACAGCAUAUCUGGAAAUGUAAUGGAUGCCCAGCUAAGUUACAACUGUGACCUUGAAAUUGCUGGACUUUCCUCCAAGUCAAACUGUGAGGCUCAAAUAAAUUCUGAGCCUCUACAUUUUGACAGUACCAUUCGCACUAUGGCACUGCCUUUCAGCCUCACUAUUGAUGCUCUUGUCAAUAGCAAUGGAGAAAUUAAUCUAUACGGGAAGCACAACGGACAGCUGUACAGCAAGUUGUUGGUUAAAGUUGAGCCCUUAGCUCUUGCAUACUCACAUGACAGCCGCGUAUCAACCACACAUAUGCUUCCAAGUGGGGAGUCCUUCACUAAUUUAGACAACAAAUUUGAUGGCCUCCUGACACCAAGUGAUCAAUAUCUGACCUGGAAAGUAAAAUCUAAACUGAACAAUCAUGCUUAUAACCAGGACAUCAGUACUUUCAAUAAUCCUGAGAAGAUUGGAUUUGAGUUUUCAGGAGCGAUAUUAACAGACAUUUUAAGCAAACUGAGCAGACACAAGAGAUCACUACCAGAAAUAGAAGAAUUUAGUAUGGCUGGUUUCCUCAAGUAUGACAAGAAUGCUGACUGUCAUAUUGUUGAGAUCCCAUUCAUUGAGAGCCUUCCUGCUGCUUUUGAGCAACUCAAGAAUACACUCGUGCAAGCCUUAGAAUCAAUUCAACGAUUCAUCAACAAUUUAGAUAUUAAUCAGUUAAUUGCUGACUUUAGAGCCAAGUUAGAUAGGCUACCAAUGCAAGUGAGUGACUUUAUGCAGGGCAUGGACUUGGAGAACAAAGUGAAUCAAGUAAAAGCAAAACUUGAUUAUUUGAUUGGGGAGUUUGCUGUAACAAUUGAUGACUUAGAGCUUGUGAUAAACAACUGGAGCAACAACCUGGAAAAUACAGUAGUGGACAUUGCCACGAAAAUUAGAGACCUCAUCCUGACCAUUGAAGACUAUCUCAAGGAAGGACACCUUGCCGCCAAAAUAACAGAUGUUCUUUCAAAGACUGGCGAUCAGCUUCGGGCCUUUGAUGAGAAGUAUGAAAUCAAGCACUCACUUGUCAAAGUGCUUCAUGCCAUUGAGGACAUCAUCAGACAGAUUGACUUACAGAAGCUCACAGCUAGCAGUGCUGAAUGGCUGCGAGAUCUUGAUUCUAAAUAUGGAAUAUUGGAAAAAAUCAAAGACAAACUGUCUGAAAUAAAACAGGCCAUUGAGAAAUUUGACAUUGACAUGUUUUUCCAGUAUGUAAAGGAUGAUAUUUUCUCAACUGAUUUAGCCAAGUAUGUUGAGCAGCUUUCAUACAAGAUCCCCUCUUCAGAGAUAGCAAAAGUGAUUGAAUCUAUGAAUGAUGUCAUUGUUAACUGGAUUGAUGAAUACGAAAUCUCCAACAAACUCAAUGCUGUAUAUUCUUACAUUAGGGAUCUACUUUUAAAAUACAGUCUUGAUGAUAAACUGAAAGACUUAAUGGAUCAGAUAGUGAUUCUCAUCAAAGAAUUCAAAAUUGAAGAGACUGUGCAGUCAGUGGUAGGUGCUCUGAAAUCUAUCAACUUUGAAUUUGUUUAUGAUAAAAUGAUGCAGUUUCUGCACAGUAUAACAAACCAGCUCAGAGCAGUUGACUUUAAGAGAAGCAUUCAUAACCUUAAUGAACAAAUUUCUUCAAUGCUGAAAUCAAUCAGGGAAUUUGACUAUAGUGCAUUUGUUGAUGAGACUAACAAGAAGAUUGUUGAACUAACAAACUAUAUCAACGAGCAGAUUAAAACAUAUGAAAUAGUGCAAAAAAUUGAGGCUGUUAGGGAAUUUUUUAGAGAGAUCCAAAGUUCCAUCUUCACAUAUUUGGAUGAACUCAAAAACACAAAGGUGGCAGAUGCUCUAACGAAACUGAAAAAUGUGAUUGACUCUACAUUUUACAAUGACAUUAAGAUUAAAGUGAAGGAUAUCCUUGAGGACAUGAGACAAAGAAUCCUUGACAUGGAUAUCAGAGAUGAAAUGUACAUUCACCUCCAAAGAGUAAGUGAAUCUUAUAGCAAUAUGGUUGUCUACAUUUCUGUGCAAUUUAACCGACUGAUAGAGAAGAUUAGAGAGGUAGUCAAGGACAACAAGAUCAUCACACAGAUGAAGCAAACUGUAGAUGGAGUUCUGGAUGCACUGAAAAGAGCAGAGAUUUCAGUGGGCACUUUCACCGUACCUCUCACUGACCUUGUCAUUCCAGCAUUUGUAGUCAACCUGAACAAACUGCAGGAGAUCAGCAUCCCAGCUCAAAUUUCAGUCCCUGAGUUCACCAUUCUCAACUCUUACACAAUUCCUGCCUUUACUAUAGACUUUGAUGAGAUCAAAGCAAAGAUCAUUGCAAUCGUAGAUGACAUCAGAGAAUUUGAGAUCAAAAUGCCAGAUCCUGAGGAAAUCUUUGGUGACUUAAAAGUUCUCUACCUAUUUCAACUACCAGAUCUCACCUUCCCAGAAAUAACUCUUUCAGAAAUAAAAAUUCCAGCCAUCCACAUCCCCAAAUUAAACUUGAAUGACUUUGAAAUCACAAUGCUUCCAAUUCCAGAGAUCAGAUUGUCUGAGGUUCCCAGUGACAUCUGUCUCCCACUUUUUGGAAAACUCCAUGGAGAAUUUAGGGUAAAUUCCCCACAGUACACUCUUGUAACCAUUGGAAAGAUUGAGAAUUCCACAUCCACACCAAAAAACCCACUGUUUAUAGCUACCAUUAAUUCUCAUGUCACAUCACCCAUUGAGCCCCUUCAAUACACCUUCGAAGCUGUGGCUCAGUUGGGAGCUCCCAGAAUGAAGAAGCUUCUUUUCACAGAAACAGUGAAAGCUACACAUAUGGCCCUCUCCAUUGAUCACAAAGGAUCCUUAACACUCAUGGGCUCCUCUGUUGAGGCUUCUGCCAAGACUACUGUCAAGGCCACAACCCAAAUGUACACUGCAGACUUGGACAAUAAUAUGACAUUUACACUGAAGAGUGGGAUCUCUGCGGCCAUAGAUACAACCUAUGACCACUUUUUGGACAUCCCGUCAAUUGAAACUUCAAGUCAGACAUCAACGAAACAGAAUAUUGCAGCCACAAUAGAAUCUGGCAGAAUUAUUGUGACCAGUAAAACUAUUGGUAAUGGAAAAUGGUCCAUUAAAGACUACUCUGAUGAAGGCACACACACAAGCAAUGUGGAAUUUGACAUCAAUUUUAGCACUUCGAAGUUAACUGUUGUUGGAGAAACAGACUGCAAGGCUUUGAAAUCAAAGCAAACACUGACUGUUGAAUCGGCAUUCUUGAGUUAUAUCACUGUUGAAGCAAAAUGUGAAACUGAAGUUCCAUCUGUCAAGAGGAGUGUUAUGGUUUUAAAAGGGGAGACACAUUUUGGGGAUUUGAAAGUUGCACUGAUGGCCCUUCAUGAUGCAGAAUUCACUGGAAGUCUGAUUGGAUCCAUGUCAAACUCAUUGGAAUUCAUGGCACAUCCAUUUGAGAUUGUGUUCAACCUCCAGAAUAAAGUUAACGUAAAGAUUUUCCUCCCCCUGAAACUCACUGGUAAGGUUGAUCUUCAGCAUGAUUAUGAAUUCAUACUAAACUCUGAGAGGCAGCGUGCUUGUUGGUUUGCCUUGGCAAGAUUCAACCAGUACAAGUACAGUCAUAACUUCACAGCAGAAAACAGUGACAUAGAUAUCUUCUUUCACUCAUGGGCUAAUGGAGAAGCUAAUCUGGACUUUCUGACUGUUCCUCUCUCUAUUCCAGGGGUAACAGUACCUUAUCUUGAAAUUAAAACCCCUGAGGUCAGACAUCUCUCUCUCUGGGAACAGGCUGGAUUUAAAACCUUGCUUACCACUCCUCAACAGUCAUUUGAUAUCAACCUGAAGCUUCAUUACUACAAGAAUCCUGAUAUGCACAGCAUUGAAUUACACCUUGAACCAAUCUAUAAUGCAAUCAGUGACAAUGCUAUCAUAAUCCAUGCUCAGUUUGAACGAUGGAGAGACAAAGUAGUUGCACUUCUAAAAGAUUCAUACAACCAAGCAAAAUCACACUAUAUCAAACACAAAAUUGACACUUCUAGCCUGCCACCUAGAAUCUUCACUGUCCCUGGAUACAAAAUACCAAUACUGAAUAUUGACGUUUCUGCUUUCAGGGCUGAGAUGCCAGCUUUUACCUACUUUGUUCCUAAAGAGGUCAGUACGCCAAGCUUCAAAGUUCCAGCACUGGGUUUCUCUGUACCAUCCUAUACUCUUGUGCUACCAUCUCUGGAGUUACCGGUCAUCCAUGUUCCAGAAACUUUAAGUGAAAUUGAGUUGCCACCUUUCACACUGCCAGCCAUUCAGAACAAUAUUGUGAUUCCAGCCAUGGGUAACAUAACUUAUGACUUCUCCUUCAAAUCCCCUGUGAUUACCUUCAGCGCUAAUGCUGGCCUCUACAACCAGUCGGACAUUGUUGCUCGGUUUGGUGCUUCCUCAGCAUCUGUGUUUGACAUUCUAAAUGGAAAAAUUGAUGGCACCACAAGUUUGACAAGAAAGAGAGGAAUAAAAUUGGCUACAACUGUGUCUCUGGAGCAUAACAACGUGGAGGCAAACCAUGAAUGUGCUGUUAGUCUCACCAAAAGGAGCAUGGAAGCUUCUGUAGCUAACACUGCAAAAAUCAAUCUACCCUUCCUCAAUCUAGAAUUGAGUCAGGAACUGAUUGGAAAUACCAAAACCAAGCCAAAUAUUGCUUCCAAGAAAAAACUAAAAUACAUGUUUAACAUUCCUCUGAUUCAGUCUGUGGGCAAAGGAAACCUUGAUAUAAACUGGGCACUGGAGGCACUUUCUUCCUAUGUGUCACUGGAGACCUCCACCCAAGGGAAAUCAGACAUAACGGCAAUGGGAAGUUGCAAUUUUGCUGGUGAUCUAGAGAAUGAGGCCAAUUUCUAUGUUAAUGUCAAUCACCUGCGUUCAACUAUCAGGACAGUCUUAAACUCAGACAUCAACAAACAGGAGAAACAAAAACGUAACUCAAACAAUAGCAUCUUCCAGUUCAACUUGAAUAAAAACUUGGCUCUUGAGGUUUCUUUGCGGCGUAUGUUUGCAACAGUUGAUUACAUGAGUAAUAACAAUGUUGAUUCGGCAUCUUUCACCACAAAUGGAAGACACAUUAUUAAAGGAGAACUAGAUUUUGUUCCUUUAACAACCUUCAAGACUAUUUUGGAUAUUGAUGCAAGUCAGCAAAGUAGUUUGGGUCAUGCUGGACUCAUUCACAACAUCAACCUUGCCAUCAACUCAGAGAAGCAGUCCUUCAUCUGGAGUGGUAAGGAACAAUUGGCAUCUGUUAUCCACACUUGUGAUUUGUUUAUGUCAAAUGAUGAAUCUCAAGUACGUGUGGAUUUGACUGGAUCAAUGGAAGGCCACCUUUCUUUCUUGAAGGCAGUUAAGCUUCCUGUAUACCAGAAAUCCCUCUGGGAUGUGCUCAAGUUUGAUCAGGUCACAAAUAUGGACAAUUUACAAAUCCUUAACAUUUCUUACAGCAUUGUAUACACAAAGGGCAUGGAUGGUGAGGAGUAUGCAAUACCAUCAACACUAUUUGAAAACGGAAUCACUCUUAGCAUCCCUGAGAUUAGCAUUGAUAUGCCUUCUUGGGUGGAAGAAAUUCCAUAUUCCAUAAGGACUAUAGAUAUGCGAUUGGAGAACUUUGAUGUUCCUGAUCAUCUUACUCUUCCCCCUGUAAUCUCAUUUCCAGCCUUUGAUUUUCCAUUUACCAACCUACAUGUGGGACCCUUUACAAUUGACCCAAAGAACCUUAACAUCCCUAAGGUGAUCACCACCACUGCCUUUGAAAUCAUGCUGCCUGGUUUGCCAAAAAUAUCAGUGCCCAGUUAUGAUAUUAAUACAGACUAUCUACAGGAGAAAAUGUCAUUCCUUUCAUUCAAGAUGCCACAGUAUGAAAUAACUGUCUCAUCUUUUACACUGCCAAAAUCUUUUACAAUUGGAGAGCACACCAUUAGUCUAAAUGAAAUCACAAGCCAGAUUGCAAACUUUGAACUUCCAACCAUCAUCAUUCCAGAGCAAAAAAUUGAAAUUCCUGAAAUUGCUCUACAUCUGCCUUUAAGUGUGUUUAUCCCAGUUUUUGGUGGCCUCAGUACCACUCUAAAGGUUUCCUCCCCUAUUUAUAAUGUGUCAACAUCUGCCAGUCUGGAGAAAAAAGGCGCUAGCCUUGUGACUUUGCUGAAUUCCAUCUGCACUUCCACCAUGAUAUUCUUGGAAUAUGACCUUUCUGCCACUGCAACCCUGGAAUUUGAUAAUGGAGUAAUCAAUCUAAAUGGGAAGUGCAACUUGGUUCACAGUGAUGCAACUGUCGACUGGCAACAUGUUUUGGCACAAAACCUGAGGAUGAAACGUCAAACUCCUCUGGCUGAUCCAAUGGAGUCUCAUCAUACUCUCAAUAUUGACAUCACCAGCCGAACAUUCACUGAUGUGAAUUUCCGCUUUGCUUCCCGCAAAGAUGGUAUCACUGCAUCUAUGUCUUCUCCAUCAUCUGGCUUCUUUGGAUUGCAUCUUCAGCGAAGGUCUCCAUCGCAACUGUAUGGAAAACUGUUCAGCCGUUACUUGUCUACUCCUGAGAAGGAUACUGAUGUUUUUACUGCCAAAGCCAUGCUGAGAAACUCUCAGAAGUUAAUCUUACAGAUGUCAUGGAAUUGGGACUUCCUCCAUGAUGUGAUUGAAGGGACCAAGGACAGGAUUCCUGCUAUAACCAAUGCUGUGCUCAAGUUCAUCAACAAGUAUCAUGUUGCCCACUUUGGGUUUGACCUCAACCGUGGCAGCAUGAAGCUGAAAAACACAGUUUCCAAUGUCAUAGAGAGAACCUAUCAUGAGGUUCCCAUGUCUUUUAACACACUGCAGAGUUCAGUCAAACACCUUGGGGAUCAAGGAAAAGACAUGUACAGGAAGGCUUCUGAUAACGUGAUGUCUAUAAGUGUGCAGGAUGUUACAGAUGAUUUAGCUCGUGAAGCUAGACUAGUCUUGAAACGCAGUGAAGACCAGAUUUUUGUCUUGCUAGAUGCAGUCACACAGUUCUUGAGUGACAUGAAGUUUACAGUGCCUGGAUCCGAAGAGAAGCUCUCGAGCCUGGAGAUGCUCCAGAGAGCUCGUCGAUCUGUUUCAAGAGCCACUGACAGGGCCAUCCAAAGGCUUACCAGCCUCAUGGAGAAGAUUUCUAGAUUAAUCAGGGGAAUCGAGUUCACCAUACCUGGAACUAAUUUUGUUUUCAGUGGAAAUGAGAUCAUGGAUAAAAUAAAUUUGUCUAUAGGAUCUGCAUAUGAUCAGUUAACACAGUCACUGCGCAGGGGGUUCAGUUUGCUUCACAAGGCAGUCAAUAACCUUUUCCAGGUGAUUGCUGAAAAAGGCGAGAACUUCAUCACCUACUUAAAAGAUCAAAAUGUUGAAAUUACUUCUCAACUUGAUGUUAUCUAUGCAGAAGUUCUGCAGUCUUCAAAACAACACAUUGAGGAGGCGAAGAUACAUGUGGCUGAGUAUAAACACCUUACCAAACUGAAGAUUCAAGAGGCUUAUAAUUCUUUAAGUAUUGAACAUGUAAAUAACAAUACCAAGGAGGUUAUCAGUAUUUUGCAGUCACAUCUCUAUGGAGGACUUAAUGAAAUUGUAGACCUACUGAGAAGGAUAUCCCAAAGCACAGCACCAUACAUUAAAGUGAGCAAUAAAAAGACUGACAUUGAAAUCCCUUUACCCUUCUUUUGGAAGUCUUUCAGUGAAUGGCCAGUGCAAUCCAAACAGUGAAUCAUGCAUUUCUUGAAAAUGAAGUUUUAUUAUGGCUGACCAGAUUUGUAUCUAUGUGAAAAAAAUUACUUUUUGUUUUUGUUUUAAGGUGUUUUAACUCACAUGAAAAAUAUACUAGUUAUUCUAAUGUGAUAUUUCUUUAAAUUUGACAAUACCGUUAUGACCUACCAGUGUUUAGCACACACUGAAAGUUACUGUUUUAUUAUGAUUAUGGUAUUUAAUUAAACAACAAUGAAUACUG